AUCAGAAAAUUCCAUCCUGAGUAGUGAACCAGCAGAAUUAGAGACGGAGAAGCGUCGCUAAGCAGGUUACAGGUCCAAACGACCAAUCGCUGUAUCACUGGCCUGCAAGGGCGCAGGGAGCUGAUGUGAGAGGGAGUUCUGGGAAUAAAAACACUGGAUAUAUCGAGUUAUAAUAGGAUCAUGCCGAAUAAAGCCAAGAAAGAAAAGGAGCCUGCAAAACCUGUUAAGAGCAGCACUAAAAAUAGUAAUAGUGGAAAGGAUGGUGGAACAGACAACUCUGAUGAGACUCAGCACCAGCAACAGACUUCAAACAAACGUCCCAGUAAUAGUGCACCUCCUCAAACACAGCUGAAUAAAAUCAAGUACUCUGGAGCCACGCAGAUUGUGAAAAAAGAAAGGCGUCAGAGUUCGUCUCGGUUCAAUGUUAGCAAAAAUCGUGAGCUGCAGAAGCUGCCUUCUCUUAAAGUUUUUCAGGGUGAUAACACUGAUUUAUUUGAGUUUGUGGCUGAUGGUGGACAGGCUGAGUCAAGUGUGGAUCUCAGUAUUUAUUUAACACCUGAUAUUACACCCGAAAAUAAUGGUGAAUUUAUUUUUUCUGCUUGUGAAUUAAUGGAAGCUCCUAUUAGCAGUGUUGAUGGGGUCACUGGUGGGGAUAUUGAACAGUUAAUCCAGAUUGCUGAUGAACAACUAAAAAUGGGAAUUAUUAGUAAUCCUGUGGUAGUUUGUAAUAGCCAUGGUGAUUAUAAAGUAUACAAUUUUUCCAGUAAAGUCAUUGAUACUGGACAUGUAGAAUUGUUAUCAAAGGGAUCUACUUUUGUUCCCCUUGUUAGGGGUAACUUAAGUGAUAUUCUUAUCGACUUAAAAUUAUUAACAAGGAAGAUGAAUUUGAAGUUGAUGUUUCAUGAUAUUUGUGAACUUGAUAUCAGGGAGUACAUUAACAAGAGUAAGACUGCUUGUGGGUUUGAGGCAUUUAAUAAUGCAAACAAUUUAAGCAAGGAGGAACUAGGCCUAUUAAAUGAAUUGAUCAGGGAUAGGUCUAUUAGAUUCAUGAAACCCGACAAGGGCAGUGGCGUAGUUGUCAUGGAUAUAAAUGAUUACAUCAAUCAUAUGUUAAUUAUGUUGAGUGGGGAUACAUAUGAUGAAAGUAGCUUAAACCAAGUUAAUAUUGCCUAUUCUAAAGUGGAUCUCUUAGUUGAGGACUUGCUGAUGCAAGGACAAAUUGAUGAAUCAAAUUUCCUCUGCAUUUUUACAACAGUAAAAACUUGUACAGAGGUUACAGAAAGCUACAUAAAUGACCCCAGUGGAAUUGCAUGUGAAAUAACCAUUGGAUUUGACAAUUUGGUUGUUGAUUUUGUUACUGUCACGAUCAAUUAUAAAUUUGCAUUGCUUACAGAAGCCGCAUGUGAAUGUCCCAACCUUAUCUUCAUGUAUUUGAUCAUCAUUUUUGAAUUAAAAGUCAGUGAUUUGCAAGUUAGAACUUUAAAAGUUCUGAGGUUUGUGGUAUCUCUGUUUUCAAUUAACUUGUUCAGAACAUUGCCACCAUCUUCCAAUCCAACAGGAGCCGAAUUUGAUCCAGAGGAGGAUGAGCCUACUCUUGAAGCUGCUUGGCCACACUUACAGCUUGUGUAUGAAUUUUUUUUAAGAUUUUUGGAGUCUUCAGAUUUUCAACCGAAUGUAGCAAAGAAAUAUAUAGACCAAAAAUUUGUUUUAUCGUUGCUGGAAUUAUUCGAUAGUGAGGAUCCACGAGAGAGGGAUUUUUUAAAGACAAUUUUGCACAGAAUCUAUGGAAAAUUUCUUGGCUUACGGGCCUAUAUACGACGGCAGAUCAAUAAUAUAUUUUACAGAUUUAUUUAUGAAACAGAGCACCAUAAUGGAAUUGCAGAGCUAUUAGAAAUUUUGGGAAGCAUAAUCAAUGGGUUUGCAUUACCCCUGAAAGAGGAACAUAAAAUGUUUCUGAUUCGGGUGUUACUACCGUUACAUAAAGUGAAAUCUCUGAGUGUGUACCACCCACAGUUGGCUUAUUGUGUGGUACAGUUCUUGGAAAAAGACAGCAGCCUUACAGAACCUGUGAUUAUAGGAUUGUUAAAAUUCUGGCCAAAAACUCACAGUCCAAAAGAAGUUAUGUUCUUGAAUGAACUAGAAGAGAUUCUUGAUGUUAUUGAGCCAUCAGAGUUUGUAAAGGUUAUGGAACCACUCUUCAGACAACUAGCCAAAUGUGUUUCAAGUCCUCAUUUUCAGGUAGCAGAGCGAGCAUUAUAUUACUGGAACAAUGAAUAUAUCAUGAGUUUGAUUAGUGAUAAUGCAGCCAAAAUUCUCCCAAUUAUGUUUCCUGCACUGUACAAGAAUUCCAAAAAUCACUGGAACAAGACAAUCCACGGAUUGAUCUACAAUGCUUUAAAAUUGUUUAUGGAAAUGAACCAAAAACUGUUUGAUGACUGCACACAGCAAUACAAAGCAGAGAAACAGAAAGGAAAAUUUAAACUGAAAGAGCGUGAAGAGAUGUGGAACAAGAUAGAAUUUCUGGCAAAGCAAAAUCCCCAGUAUAUUAUGUAUCGCACAGUCCCAGCUUCAUUCAAUAUGGCCUUUAUGGAGACAGACACUCCUACUGCAGAGGAUAUCCAGCUGCUGAAAAAAACCAUGGAGACUGAGGCCACACAGAUAAGCAAGGAUAUCAAAAAGGAUAAGAUUCUGCUACGUAGGAAAUCGGAGCUCCCACAGGAUGUCUACACUAUCAAAGCACUGGAGUCCCACAAGAGAGCAGAAGAAUAUCUUACCUCAAACAAGGAGGCACUCUGACAUGGUUCCAGCUCUGCAAGAGAAGGUGUACCCUCCGGCUUGCUCCAGCUCUGUUAGAAGUACUGACAAACCCAAAACACAUGCACUUCUUAUAUAAAAUGGAGAAUGAACUGUCAGUCAUUACCUUAUGUUCAGUUGUGUACAUCCUUUUAUGUGUGUGUGUCUAUAUAUAUAUAUAUAUAUAUAUAUAUAUAUAUAUAUAUAUAUAU